AUGGCUUGGUGGAUGUCGUCAUCUAGGUCGGAGAAAGGCCGGUUCCUUUUCUUUGUCCUCCCCAGUUUGAUAUGCUGGCAUAUCUGGAAGGCGCGGAAUAAAGCAUACUAUGAAGGGGUUCAGAUGCGACUGGGGAGGAUUUGCCAUGACAUUCUGAUCGAUAUGAAAGGAGUGGUCGAGGUCCAGUUUAACCAGAGGCUUGGGGUGCAAACGUUUCUUCAACUUUAUGAGGGGACCGCUCAUCCGCCACCGUGCUAUAGUGUUCAGCUAGUGGGGUGGCGGGUGACGGAGGAGGGAACCCUAACCUUAAACACGGAUGGAUGCUCCAAGGGUAAUCCUGGAGUGAGUGGUGGUGGGGGAAUACUUCGUGAUUCAUUAGGUUUGCCAUUAUUUGUUUUCUCGACUUACUUUGGGGAAACCUCGAGUUUGCGUGCAGAAGUAUUGGCCCUGGCAACGAGACUCCGGUUGUGCAUGUAG